GUCACUUGUUGCCCCUCUUCAUUUCCGUCUUCCUUCCUCGUGCACCUCCUUUAUGUGAUGGCAGGGGCUUCUGCAGGCCUUCUGGUGUGGGUAUGAUUGACACCUUCAUUAUCACCAUUUGCACAUUUCUUUCUAAUCUCCUCCACGCCGUGUGGAGAGCAAUAGCAGCCGUGCCGGCUGGUUUGGCAGUGCCAUACGAGGAGCGAAGGCCUACUUUUAGAGAGCUCAUGGAGGAGCUGAGCCCCAGACAACUGGCUGAGAAACAGCUGAAGCGACAGUUUAUGGAGGCCCUGCAGGCCAACAAUGCCCAGGAGGUCAAACAGAUUCUGCACACCAGGAAAUUAGAUAUUGACACUGUGCUGGAGGUGGAGGACCCCAGCAUGGUGCUUGCCUCAUAUAAACAAGGUUACUGGCUCCCGGGCUACAAACUGGAGAAGUCCUGGGCGAUGGGCAUUCAUGUAUGUGUGAUGUACAAUGCUGUGGAAACAGCUCUGGUGCUCAUUCAGGAAGGUGCAGCCAUCAACCAGAAGCCCAACGGGAAGACGCCGCUGCAUGUGGCCUGCGAGGUUUCCAACAGCGAGUGUGUCGCCUUGCUUUUGGCUCACAGGGCAAAAGUCAACAGCCUGUCGCUGAGCGGACACACAGCGCUGCACUACUGCAUCACCAGGGAGUCUGUGGACUGUGCCAAGCAGCUAAUCCUCAAAGGUGCAAAUGUCAAUGAGCCCAGCAACAACAAUGAGGAGGUGACACCUUUACACACAGCAGCCAGAUUCGGCGUCCCAGAGCUGGUAGCUCUCUACUUGGCCCACGGAGCAUCUGUCAAUGCAGUCAACUCUCUCCAGGAGACUGCCCUGAUGACUGCGUGCUUCUGGGCUUUUGACGCCAAAGAGCAAACCUACAGCCAAGAUCACCAUCUUGUCUGCCGUCUCUUGCUGGACCACCAUGCAGACCCCAACCUCCGAGAAGAGGACAAUAAAACAGCUCUUCACAAGGCGUCCUGGAACUGCGAUCACGUCCUGAUGCAGAUGCUGCUGGAGGCCGGAGCAGACACGCGAUCCAUGGACAUCAACGGCUGUGCCCCCAUUCAGUAUCUCCUCAAAGUGACCGGUGUCAGGCCCAUGGCCAUACCUGAGCUCUGCUAUCAGCUGCUGCUUAACUUCAACGCAGCACGGGUCUACCCGCCCCAGUUCCACAAGGUGUUGCAGACCUGCUGUGACUACCCCAGAGCAGUGGAAGUCAUGGUCAACUCUUAUGAACGUUUGAAGCCCACAAAGAAGUGGAGAGCUGCCAUUCCUGAUGACUGCUACCAGCGACAUAAAGACUUCUACGACUCCAUGUUUGCUGUUUGCUCCAACACUCCUCGCAGCCUGCUUCACCUGACCAGAUGUGCCAUCAGACUCAGCCUGGCUACAUCCUGCCACAGAGGUAUAGCGCAGCUGCCUCUGCCAUCUCCCAUUAAGAAAUAUUUAUUGCUGGAACCUGAGGGGAUACUGUACUGAUGGAGAGACUUUUUGUUCAGAAAGGGACAAUACUCACGACGUGAUGAUUGUAAUCAAACAUUUACUUCCUGUCUGCAGACUGAGGAAAAUGAAAAUGCUGCUAGUUGGAGCUGGUACUAACCAUUGAUGUUUAUUGAUAACUAACGUGUGGCUUUUUUGUUUUUGCCUAACAUUCCCAGAGGCCUUUGUCUGGAACAUAAGAAAUCCCUCUACAUGCACAUUGUCUUGCUGGAGUUGAACUCUAAUCACUUGCUAUAAAACUGAUUAAUGAAGUUGAUCUGAAGCUGGACAUGACAAAGGAUGCCAUUCAACUAAGCCCAAAUUAUGAAUGGAUUGACCAUUCAACCAGAAAUAUGCAGUAAUUUGAGUGACAGGUGAGCAAAUAGCAAUAUGCUGAUGAAAACUGCUGUGCAACUUAGUAAUAAUAAUCAUUUAUAGUGAUUGACAAGUGAGAUUUUUUUGCCCGCUGGGCCUCACAACCUCUCUUUCUGUAAUCCCUGUG